AGAAGAGCCGAGAGAUAGAAUUAAAAAAAAAAAUGGCGACUGUAUCAGUAAGCUCUAGUCUGGUGAGAGCUGCUUUAGAUACUACGAAGCCUAAGCUCCGUUACAAUCCCAAUGCGCCGCGUAACGUCAAGAUAAACCCUAAUUCUACUACCUCUUUCGUUCCUCCAUCGUCUUCUCCGGCGGUGACAGUCUUGACAACUACUAGCGUUUCCGUUUCUGAUUUGCUCAAACGUCCCGCAAGCAAAGUAGGUGAUGAUGAAGAUAGUUGUGUUGGAUAUGAGAAAUGGUUUCCAAGUCCACCGAAAGUGAAGAAGCCUAGAUCCGUCUUCAAUGCUGCCUCGCUAGCUUAUAUAGGCGAUUCCAUCUACGAGAUAUACGCUCGUCGCCAUUUUCUUUUCCCUCCACUGAGUAUUGAAGAAUAUAACGACCGUGUUCGAGCAGUGGUGCGAUGUGAAGCACAAUAUGCUUUGCUGCAUAAUCUCCUUGAUGAGGAUUUCUUAACUAAAGAUGAAAGAGAGAUACUUCGGUGGGGAAAAAACGUAGGCUCGGUUAAAACACGGUCAACUAGGCGUGCUGGUGUUGCGGUUUAUAACAAGGCCUCGUCAUUGGAAACACUUAUUGGCUAUUUGUAUCUAGCAAACGGCAAGAGAUUAGAAGAAAUAAUGCAGAAGCUGGGGUUCUCAAGUGGUUCUUCAACAGAGAUAAUGGUUAAGGAGGCCAAGCAUAAACUAUCAUCUUUAAAAUAAACUUUAUAUAUAUAGCUGUAUCUUUGAAAAUGUUUUAGAACAUUGAAUCCACUUAAUCUAAUCGUUACCAAGUUUUGGUGAUGUUUUGUUACAA